CUUCAAGAGGGCCGAGGGCAAGGAGAAUGCGUGCGAUGAUGUCCUACACCAGCUUGCAAGGAAGAGGGUGACUGGCAUGCACUACGAGGCACGUAUUCAAUGCGUCCGCGACUGGCACGCCGACCGCUUCGUCCACAUGAGUAAGGAGGACGCUCGCGACACGCUCAUGCAGCCGUGGCAGUACUUGCAGAACCCUCCUCAGUACGUCGGCAACGACGAUAGGUGCUUUCGUGCGAUGGUCAUGUGGUGGACAUGCCCCCAGUACCUCAAGAAGCACGAGGAGGGCAAGGCGAAGCGGGCAGAGAUGCGAGGUGGAUCGCAUAUCCAAGGCAGCAUCCCCAUCUCUCUUCACCUGCAGAAGGAGGAAGUCAGGACAGGAGCGAAGCCUAACGUCUUUGCCGUGCUAAAGAAGAUGAAGCAAAGGAAGACGCCUGAUCCUGAGACGGGGUCCGUGUGGGUUAACCCGCAAUCCGAGACCCAGUGCACGGCGUAUGUCUCCAAGUUCAAGCAGAAGCACGGCGAGGACGCCAAUCCAGAGGCCGAGGACUUUGACCCUGAGGUCGCGGUGCUUGCGGGAGAAGGCUUGAAGCAUGGCCGCCUAUGGUUUGGUGACGGGUGCGUCGACCCAGCGAGGGUUCCCUCUCUCCGCCAGAUCCGUCGUGGUCGUAAGAGCGGCCAGCCUGAGGUAGAGCCCCGGCCACGGGCUUCGGAUCUAGCUGUCGAGCGGUUACGGGAGGAGAUGGCAGCGAAGGAGCAGGCGGCCCAGGAGCAAAGGGCGCAGAUGGAGCAGCAGAUUCUGCAGUACCAGCAGCAGCAGACACAGAUGAUGCAGCAGAUGCAACAGCAGCAGCAGAUGAUGCAGCAGCAGCAGGCACAGAUGAGCUGGCUCAUGAGCCAGACGGCUCUGUCUUCUCCACCGGGGAGUCUUCCUCCUCCACCUUACUCCAUGUGGAUGCCGCCACCGCCCACUCAGACCCCGGGGACACCUAUCACCGUCAACAACAUGAACAUCAUCCGGAGCAUGAACCUCGGUGAGUCCUCUUGUGCCGUCAACAACCCGCUACUUGUACUUGUUCAAGUGUUCAAUAUGCAAAUGCAAAUGUUCAUUCCAUCAACCUGCUUAUAG